UCUGUGUACAUGUAGGAUUUUCAGAGGGUAGCUUUGCCCCAAUGCUCGAUUUUUAACUAUUUUCCCAAUUAUCUGUUGUCGACGGUAAGAUCGAACUAUUGUGCGAUAACAAUUAUUCUUACAGGCCCGUACUGCUGUUGUUAAAGUGGUACGUGUCAUAUCUUACUUUGUACGCAGGCAUCAUAUGCUUGAGAAAAGCUAGUGUCGGCUAACGUAAUAUAUGCGGAAUGCGCAUCCAUUGCGGUUGUCGUGCACCAUAUAUGCGCAUUACUGCGACAAAUGUAAUUUUGGUCUUGGCGGUAAAGAUAAUACAAGAAUAUAAAUACUGAAUUUAAUGUAAGAACAACUAUGUCGACAAUGCAUUCUUUAUAUUUAUUUCCAAAUCGCUGCCAUGUAGAUUUUAAUGUUUUCAUUUUAUUUUCAGAUAUGUUUUCAAGUGAGCGCGGAGACCUCAUGAUAACCACAGCUUUACCCUGCAUGUGAUUAAUUUAAUGUGCAAGUUAUGUCGAAUAAUGUCGGAAGAGCAUCUCCGAGUCUUGCUUGUGUACGGAAGCCACAGGUUUUUGUUGACAUAAGUAUCAUUAUUAAGAUACAGCAAGCAAAGGCACCCUUACCAACUGCGUACAGUCAUUUUAAAUAAUCUUCUAUAAAAUGCUAUGUUAACCUAUCGCUGUUAAAAUAUCUGUUUUACUUGGGUUUAUUAUUGAGCCCAUCAUUUAAGCUAUUUUUGUUAGACAUGACAAUGAAGCAAUGAGGGACUUGCCAUGGAACGGCAUGGUGGCUUUUCACACUCCUUGUGAAUGGCACGCUGUCCAUCAGUCCAGUUGGUGUGUCAGUAAACCACAACAUAUCCAUGACUGAAUAUUAUGAGGAAGGGGGUUUGCUGUAUGAGCACUCACCUCCCAUGCACAUCAAAGUGGAGUCUCCAGAGGGUCCCUUUGGAGGCGGGGUCUCAGAGGAUGGUUAUCCCAGAGAGGAUGACGACUCAGAUGGAAGUUGUGACCAGCAGAAUGGAGGGUUGCCUGGAAGCCUGCCCUUCAACGUUGUGGUUGUGCAUCCCAACAUAGUUGCACCUGGGAUGUCUUCAGAUGAACUCAUCCCAAUCGAACAAACUUUAUCCGCAGGAGGCGUAGGAAAACGGAAGAGUCGCUUUAGCGGAGCAGAGCUGGAGGUUCUCGUGUCAGAGGUGACCCGGUGUGAGGGGGAGCUGUUCGGUCCAGCUGGAAGGCUUCGGCGCCGUGAAAGAGAGCGCAUUUGGGCUGGUAUUCUUGAGCGUGUAAACGCUGUGUCUAGAGUCCCACGGACUCUUCGAGAAGUAAAGAAACGCUGGGAUGACCUGAAGAGACGUAAUGGUGGCAGACUUGCUGAUGCAAGGCACCGCACCUGCUACCUUCCAUCCAGCAGAGGGGCUCCAAUUUUGGGAAGGUCCUCCCAACUUAGUCCCAGACUCCAGCAGGCUCGUCAAAAGCAAAGCACUAGAGGAAAAGCAAGCUUCACUUGCCUGUCAGACACUGAUCCAGUUACAGUAGGAGAUGGUUCUGAAAGGGAUGGCUUUGAAAAAGAGGAAGAAGCUGGUGAGCAAGAUUGCGAUGAUGGAGAUGGAGAUUGUGAGGGUGUGGACAACAGCAUUGAAGAUAAACUGGGUUUAGGCCUGGGUUUGGGAAUAGUACCACCUCCGACAUCAGAGCGCUGGCUACCUCCUUCGCCCCUUUACAGCGCUCCCUUCCUUAAUGGGACUCCUCAGCCAAGCCCACAACCAUCCUUAGGAACCCAUCAGGGCCCGCUGGAGCCGCCUCCUCCACACAGUUCCUGGCUGGAAGAUGAACUUCGGGGUCUGGGGGAAGCGGCCAUGCAGCUUGGAGAUCGCAUGGAACAGAACCUGCGUGAGUUUGGAGAAGGCUUCCGACGUGAUAUGCAGACACUUGUUGCUUCACAGGAGGCCCUGACAAAUAGCUUGCAGCAGAAUAAUAUGCUUUUGCAACGUCUAUUGGGACUACUUGAGAUGCAGCAUCAGCAACCGCAGUCUCAACAGCAACAAAUUCCACAACAACAACUUCAGACAGCAAUUGCAGCAAGUCACACAGCAUCAACAGGAAUCUCCACAACAACAGCCUUAUCAACCACAGUCAUUGCAGCAACAGCAGCAAUUGGAGAAUCAACAACUAGAGCAGCAAAUUCCGGCCGCGGUUUCCCCUGUACCACCACCUCCAGAUAUUUUAGAUGGUACUAGGCAUAAUGAACCACCGACUGACAUUAAUGCAACAGCCCAACGGCCACGUCGUGGCAGGACUGUAGACCUUAGACGAAGACGCAGGCGUUGAUGUUGCCAAGAGAUGUGACAUAAUGAACUGUAUUUGGUUACAGUAAAUGUAUUUAUUUUAAAGCAAUGUUUUAUAAAACUAACUAGUUGCAGAUUGUGCCAUGUCAUAGCAACCACUUUUUUUAUGCCUGUCGCAAAUACACAAUAGUGUGUCUGUAUGCGUACCCAAACACACACUCUAAAUUUUUAAAUUAAUUUUUGCACUUUUCUGUUGCUAAAAGUACAUUUCUGAUAUCUUACAGAAUGCACUUGCUUACGUUUCAAUAUAAUAAUUGCAAUUUUAGAAGGAAGUAGGCAGGUUUAAACAUCUCCAGCAAUUAUGCUGUGGUAAGACAUUGUUCAUUUUGUUCCGGGCACCAAAGUUUGGUGCAAAAUUGCAUUUGUUAUCACAGGAAUUGCAUCUAGGCGCUCUUUAAAGGUUCGUUUUAUGUCAUUCAGUGGCAAAUACAUGUGUAUCAGAAUUCAUUUUAUAACGUAUAAUAUUGCCCAAUCACUCUGCAUGCAAUGCAAGAUAUUUAAAGUACUUUGUACUAAGUACCUGUUAACAAAAAACAGUUGUAAUUGGAAAAAAUGUCCAUUGUCCAUAAACAAGUUUUAAUAAAAACAAUCAAUACA